CGCGGCGCGGGUUGCUGGCUCAGAAGUGCUUCGAGAGCCGGAGGGAGCGGAUCUGUAUCGGGAUUUGAAAAGUGCAUUGGGGCAGGGCUUGGCUCCUGCAUGGCUCUGCCGGUUCUGCCGAGAAUUCCUCCUCCGAGCCGGCUGUUCGGAUGCUGAGCGGGCCACGCUCCCAGAGCUUGCACACGGAAGCGGUGCCUUGAGACCACUGUGAGGGUCUUUUUUUUGGUGGGGGGCAGAAGGUGGGAAGCUGGACGUUGACCGGGGGACAUGUCGGAGGAGAGGCUCUUAAGCAUGGACGAGGGGGCGCUCCGGAAAUUGCUGGAGGCCACGCUGGACCUGACCGAGCGGCGGCAGAUCCGCUCCGCCAUCCGGGAGCUGCGGCGGCAGGAGCUGGAGCGCGACGAGGAGGCGCUGGCCUCCAAACGCUUCCGGACGGAGCGCUGUGCAGAACGGCAGGAGAACAAGGAGAACGUGCUGAGAUCACUGCGGCUGGAGGAGGAGCAGAAGCAGCAGCAGCAGAAAACUCUGGACAUCCUAUCCGGGAAGUUGGAAACCAUCCAGGAUGUGGAGGAACUGACUGCUUUGAUGCGGGCGGCCAGCGAAUACGAGGAACGGAAACUGAUCCGUGCCGCCAUUCGCAAACUGCGUGCUGAAGAAAUUGAAGCUGCAGCUUUGGCGGGGAAAGCUUACUACAACCGGCGGGAGACGGAUGAGGCCCUGGGGGUCAAAGGAAGGGAAGGAAACACAGCGGACGGGGGCAUCUCUGAGGUGCAGGAGCGGGAAUUGAUCAGGGCCCAGAUCCGGGAGCUGCGAAGCCAGCAGCGGCAGGAAGCGAAGCCAGCAGACAUGCCGGAUUCCUCCACACCCGUGGGAACUCUCCUGCUCCUGGACCCUGUCGCCGGCCAAGCACCCGCCGAGCCACCCUCUCUGUCAGAGAGCGGGCCGGAUCCAGAGUCGAGCGCUGAGGCCAGCUCCCGAGACAGCGACUCCAGGACUGAAUCGCCUCCCGCUUCCGAGGAGGAGACGGGCACCGGCCGCAUUUUCCGCUCCAGAAGACAGCGAGGGGUUGACAGCUCCCGAAGGAGGGUCCGCUGCCAGCGAGCCUCCGCAAGGGCAGCCGGAUGCUCCGAGUGCAGUGAGCGAUUCCUCCCAGGAAGAGGAGGCUUCCCUGAAGUUACCGAGCGAAGAGACUCCGAGAGAACUGGUACGUGGGCGCCAUUCCCCUAA